GAAAGCAUUUUCACAUUCACAUGAUGCUUUAAUUUGUCACUUACUUGACACAAUACAUUAUACAUCUAUAACUAGAGACGAAAACAUUACCAAGAAGGAAGACGAAGAGCAAAGAAAAGUUUAGACAAAAACCUCUUUCGAUAUAUUUUCUGCUACACAAAAAGCAAUUUUUCAGAAAUGGCUUCUACAAAGGCUGAUCAGUUUCUCGAGCUUGUUGCCGAACUCGAUCGUGUUAAUACAUCAACGAAUGUUGAUAAAGAUCAAGUCAAGGAUUUGGAAAAGAGGUUGAUCCCUUACGUUGAAAAAAACGAAGAUGUCAUUACCAAAUAUCGAAAAGUUUUUCUACGUCUAAAGAUGGAAAAAAUACAGGAUAUGAUCAAGAGAAUCGAUAUUGACAAUAUGCUCAACCCAGCUUCCUCGUCACAGAAGAUCUCACGUUCUAUGGAUAGGAAGAAUUGGUAAUAUAUGUAUUUAUGAUGAUCAUAACCAUUAUGGAUCAUAUAUUAUCAAAUUCUCGUUUAUUUCUUCCUUCAAAGCUUUUAUGCAAUAUAUAAU